AACGUACAUGCAGGCAGGCAAAAUAUUCAUAUGCCAUGGUGGAAUAAAAAAAAUAAAAAGUUUAUGUGUAUGAGUGUUUUGCCUGUAUGUGCUUCUGGGCACCGUGUGUGUGCCUGGUUCUCUCAGAGGCCAGGAGAGGGUAUCAGAUCACUGGCACUGGAAUUAUAGAUGGUUGUGAGCCACCACGUGAGUGCCAUGAGUCAAACCCAGGUCCUCAGUAAGAGCAGCUGGUGUUUCUAACCAUUGAGCCACCUCCCCAGCCCUAGAAGGCAGAAAAGAGACCCAGACUCCUGAGCUGGCCUGGAUUCAAACCCUGGCUUCUCUUUCCUUAACCCCUUUCUGUUUUUCACCAAAUCUUCAUCGGAUCUUCUUUUGGUGCCAAUGUAUGUUUUACACCCCCAGUUUCAGGGAACUUGAGUCCAUCAGUGGGGAUGGAAAAAAAAAUCCCAGAAUGAAAACAGAUGCAGAUAAUUAGAAUCGAUGAGUGCUAUUAGGCAAACAAAGUGACGGUUGGACAUCUGUCCAGGGCUAGUUUAGGCAUGUGGCUUCCCUCGGAGCAAUGCUGUAUUGAAAAAUAAACAAAGACAGGUGGCAGAGUAUGCCUAGAAGAACAUCAACAAGUAGGGUUUAGGUGUGGAAGCCCGGAGGGCAGAGGAAGGCACGGGGGCAGAGCAGACUGGAGGGAAGCAAGCAGGAUCAGGCUCAUAGGCCUUUACAGACAUUCUAGACCAAGUGCCAUGGGAAGCUGUCAAAGGGGGUGGAGAGAUGGCUCAGUGAGAAAAGGUGUGUGUUGACAAGCCUGGUGACACGAGUUCAAGUCCUCAUAGGGACCUGUAUGAUGGAAGGAAAGAAGAAGUUGUCCUCUGACCUCUGUGUGCUCACAUCCGUUCAAUAAUAAAUGUUACAAAAACAAAAACACCAAAACAAAAACAAAACAACAAUCAGAAAGAGAGAAGCUAUCAGAGUGGCAGGAUUCUAUUUUGGCAAGAGGGCUCCAGGUGCCAGGAGAGAAUGUACAGUAGGGGGCGCUAGAGAACCCAGAGGUAGUUGCCUGCAUUGAUAAGAGAGUGUCUUUGACCCUUUGGGCAAGAAGCCUAAGCCAUUGGCCCGUUUUCCUACUUGUAAAGCGGCAGCAAUAACUGCCUACCUAGCUGUGUCCUUAAGAGGAAUACACAGCACGGUGCCUGUAAAGCCCUUAGCCCUGGAUGCGGUGUUCAGUAGGUAGUGGUCACGUGGUACACGAUCGGCUCCGAGUCUCUUCACUUAUUGGAUAAACCUGAAUGUUACAUAAACCCCAAAGUAUUCGGUAUUUUAAAACCUUCUCUUAAAUCGUCACCCUCUGAAAGGAAAGAGACAGAAAGAUUGGGGCCAGAGAACUCCAAUUGCUUUAAAGCAGCAAACUUGGGGUGAGGGGCAAGGUGGGAUAGAGAGGGACCCCGAUGGACUUGGGUAGCUCGGGCUUCUCUUGUCUCCAGAGGAGGGCCCCCCUGAGGAGGUGUCAGUUCCAACUGCAGUUGGUGCAGGGGCCCAUCUUCUUCUCGCCCUGGCUGUCCCUCUCUUCCCUCAGCUUUCCCUCAGCCUUUUAGCCAGCAUUUAUCACAUAAGCUCGCUGGCUUCAGCUCUGCCCUGGCUCUACCUGACUGUUCCCAGCUAUGGGGCUCACAGGAAUUCAAUGCUGGGUCAUCUCAUCUCGAGAUCUUCUGGAGGCCAAGGGUGCUGAGGGGGUUGACAAAGAGUUCCUAUUCUCCAAGCCUGGGGCAAGAUCAAGGUAGUAUUAUCGUAUCAGACAUGACCUUGGACGUGCCGUGACUUGGAAGGCGUCUCCAGAUGGAGGUCUCCUUUAUGAAACAGGAGGGGCUAUCUGAGCUCGGACAUUGUGUUUCCAGGGCCCCGACUUUGCUCUCUGUGGUGUGCAGAGCCCCUGGAUCUGUUCUGUGUAUCCCCAUGCCCAUUCUGGAGCUGAGAGUUCUAACCUGUGGGGGUUUGAAUGAGAGCGGCCUUCCGUAGACUCAUAGGUUUGAAUGUUUCAUCCCUCGUUGGUGGAACAGUUUGGGGAAGAAUUAAGAGGUGUGUUAUUGUUAGGGGAGGUGUGUCACUCGGGGACAGGCUUUGAGGUCUAAAAAAAUCCCACCCAGUCUUGCUCUCUCUGUCUCCUGUUUGUGGAUCAGAUAUGCGCUCCCUCCCAGUUGCUGCUCCAGCAUCGCAUCUGCCUGCCACCGCCAUACUCCCUGCCAUGUUGGCCACAGGCUCAUCCUCUGAAACUAUAAGCAAGCCCCUAACCAAAUGCCUUAUUUAUUUACUUAUUUCAACAACUUGCCUUGGCCAUAGUGUCUCUUCACUGUACGAGAAAAGUAACCAAGACACAGUCUAACUCUUGCUGGGCUGCUGGUGAGAAGAAACCAUUACAGCGCUCAGUACACAGCGCUCGGCAUGGGCUCUUGCGGAACUAAGUACAACCGACUCAUUGUCUUUAACUUCAACAAACCCUUGAGAUGGGCAUUAACCCAGCUUCUCAGAUGAGCCCAGAAUAGUCUAAUAACAGGCUUCAGGCUUCUCCCCCACCCCCUUCUGGGCCCCCCAUCCUUGGCACCCCUUGUUCAUCCUUAGCGUCACACACUCACUCACCUUGGCUCACUCCUCCUCAGCUUUGUAGCUGUCUGGGCCUUUCACAACCUGAAAAAUCUUCCUUGUUUCUACUUUCCCCCAAAAGAGACUCAUUUCUCUCUUUCUUCUUGGUCUCCUGCAGCUCCAGCUGGCAGCACUGGAGCCCAUUCUCUGCCCUCCUCUGGUCAGGGAUCUCAUCUACGUUUGCUGCUGCUACGAAAAGAUACCUGGGAAGACAGAGGAGGAAAGGUUUGCCCUGGCCUAGGGUUUCAGCGGGCUCCACCCAUGGUUGCCUGGCUUGGUUGCCUUGAGCCUGUGGCGAGAAUGAACAUCAUGGCACUGUGGGGGGUGGGGGGUGGUAGAGAAGGUUGCUGACUUCAGAGCGGCUAGAGUGCAGAGAGAGAGAGAGAGAGAGAGAGAGAGAGAGAGAGAGAGAGAUUUUGAGAUUGACAGAGAUUGAGACAGACAGACAGUCCCAGGAUGAGAUAUACCCUUCCAAGGCAUACUCCUGACCAAUCUCAUUGCCUCUGGGCCACUUAGCCCCUCCGACCAACCCAAUUUCCACACCAAGGCCAGGCCACUAUGUCCCUUAGAUAUCUGGCCUCAUCACUGUCUGGCCUGCACCUUCCCCUUCCCUUUGUUGAAAUCCUGGGGAUUGGGCCCAAGGUUUUGGGCAUGCCAGGGAAACUCUCUACCGCCAAGUCAUGGCACCUCCAGCCCAACUUGCAACUCUUCAUGGCCCUGGAAUAUAGCCACACAGUCUCUAAAUAUGUUGAUUAUGUAGUUCUAUCCGUAAGAGAUCUCUGAGCCCGUGAUAUGGGAUUACUUGCCCCUCGAAGGUCCCAGGGCUUCUCGCCUCCUGGGACUUACAUUGUGUGUGGUUCUUUUCCAUGAUAAGGAGGGCUGACCUGGGAGACCAGAGGACGGCAUGGAAAUGAUGGGCUGUGUGGUGCUAAGCCCACUGCCGUCAUGUCAGGAGGACAUUCAAGCAGCCUCGUGGACAGGCCUGUGUGGUGAGGAACAGAGGAGUCUAAGCAGCAACCCACAGUAACUUGCCUGUCCUAUGAUUCCAAGUCUACUCCUACCUCUGUUUAUGGUUCAAAGUCCCGGUGUUGGUGAUGCCAGGUUCAGCGUGCUCGGACACACAUGGGCCCUGGAUGGACCCUGUCCCCUCCCCUCCCAUUGCCCAGGGCUCUUCACCUGGUUCUUCAGGCUUCAGCCCCCUCCUUAGCCUGGGCUCUUCGUGGUGCUGAGGGACCUUCAGUCCGGAUCCAGUGCCAUCAUGACAAAGGAUUAUCAAGAUUUCCAGCACCUGGACAAUGAUAAUGACCAUCAUCAACUCCGGAGAGGGCCGCCUCCCACUCCACGGCUCUUGCAGCGACUCUGCUCUGGAUCCCGCCUCCUCCUGCUCUCCUCGAGCCUCAGCAUUCUGUUGCUGGUGGUUGUCUGUGUGAUCACAUCCCAAAAUUCCCAACUCCGGGAAGAUCUGCUGGCUCUAAGGCAGAAUUUCAGCAACCUCACUGUGAGCACUGAGGACCAGGUCAAGGCCCUGAGCACCCAGGGAAGUAGUGUGGGAAGAAAGAUGAAGUUAGUGGAGUCGAAGCUGGAAAAACAGCAGAAGGAUCUGACUGAAGAUCACUCCAGUUUGCUACUGCACGUGAAGCAGUUAGUGUCUGACGUGCGAAGCUUGAGCUGCCAGAUGGCUGCAUUUCGGGGCAAUGGCUCUGAAAGGACCUGCUGCCCCAUCAACUGGGUGGAGUAUGAAGGCAGCUGCUACUGGUUCUCCAGCUCUGUGAGGCCUUGGACUGAAGCUGACAAGUACUGCCAGCUGGAAAAUGCCCAUCUGGUGGUGGUGACCUCCAGGGAUGAGCAGAACUUCCUCCAGCGCCACAUGGGCCCCUUAAACACUUGGAUUGGCCUAACUGACCAGAACGGGCCCUGGAAAUGGGUGGAUGGAACAGACUACGAGACAGGCUUCCAGAAUUGGAGACCAGAGCAGCCAGAUAACUGGUACGGACAUGGGCUUGGAGGAGGCGAGGACUGUGCCCACUUCACGACGGAUGGCCGCUGGAAUGACGACGUCUGCAGGAGGCCCUACCGCUGGGUCUGUGAGACAAAGUUGGAUAAGGCUAAUUAGGAACCUUCCUUCCCCUCAUUUAUAUCCUUAAUUCCUUGAGCUGCUGAGGUUUAGAACUGGUAGAGCCUACCUAAGGGUCUCCCCAUCUCCAGGAACUCUCAUGUAGGAUUUUUAAAGGACCGGUAAAGAAUGGUGUUUGAGAAAUGGUGUAUGAUGCCUGGUGGUGGUAGGGGUGCGUAUUGAAACCCAGCGCGCAGUUCUCUUCUGUCAGCUUGUUUUUUUUAGAGUAAAAGGAAGAGAAAUAAAAGUUCA